CUGUCCCGGAGGCGGCCAGUCAUGCGGGUGGAACGGGAGUGGGUAUCCGCUACGCUGCACGAAGAAGAAAGUUUGAGGAAAGAUGCACGAAGAGGAGGAUGGCGGCGAGUCGACCUCCGGCCCAGGUCCUCGGCUUGAAGCAUCCACCAAAGCGGCCGGCGACGGAGUCGACGGGGAGGCGCCGAAGGAGCAGACGUCCAAGCUGUGUGGCUUCUUGAGCAAACUGUCCGGCAAGGGGCCCCUGAGGGGGUACAAGCCACGGUGGUUCGUGUACGAUCCCAGGAAAUGUUAUCUGUAUUACUUCAAGAGUCCCCAGGACGCUUUGCCUCUGGGGCACAUCGAGAUUGGCGAUGCGUACUUCAUCUACGACGUGGAGGCCGAGGAGGGACACUUUGAGAUCAGCACGGCCGGGAAGGAGUUUCUGCUCAAGGCCUCCAGCAAGCAGGUGAUGCACUUCUGGCUGCAGCAGCUCCAACAGAAGCGCUGGGAGUUCAGCAACUCACGAGGACAGAGGAACAGCUGGAGCUCGCCCACGUUGGCCAACCCUAUCAGUGGACUUGUUGCCAAAGACAACGAUGCAUUCCUUUUUGAGAAGCUCAGUGACAGCAUGGAGAAGGUCCGCAGUGACUUUGCCAUGGAGUCUGAGAAGGAAGGCGGUGGAACGGUUGGAAUCCAGUCAGCCAGAGGGACUGCUACUUCCACAAAUACCCUUAAUUUUUCACUCAAGAACUUUGGUACAGAGCUCAGGAACUCCAUGUCCUAUCUGCGACCGGGUAAGGGAGGUGAGAGCAGACGCAGUGUGUUUUACACUGGCAGCAACAGUAGUGCAGACGAGUGGGAGCUGGUGGACGCUCCACCCAAAGACUUCCCCGAACACAAACAUCAUCCAGACGCUUACAGACAUUCCUUUGGAUCAGCUUUUGAUUUUGUUCGCACCUCGUCGAAGCCCAAGAGGCCUCUGCUCCGAGACAUGAUGGGCUCUGGGAAGUUUGGCCGCAACGCCGAAACCCGCAGCGCCGAGAGCUCCCCGGUAGAGUUUAAUGGCAAAUCUUUGGAAAUGCAACUUCACCUCCAAAGCCAGCAGGAGGACGUGUGUUCCAUGCAACAGGAACAAGCCAAACUCAAGGAGGAGCUGGCCAGUCAGAAGGAGCUGGUGAGACUUUUGCAGCAGACCUUGAGAACAUCCCAGUGCGAUCGCCAGCCAGCACAUCAUCCAGUCCCACCUCCAGAUCAAUCAUCCACAGAGUUCGAUCAGACUCAUCAUGCAUCGGUAAGCCCGGAGGAGGUUGCGCGUUUAGAGGCCCAGGUUCAGGAAAGAGAUGGACAGAUCCAGUCCCUGUGUGGCCACAUGGAGCGUCUGGCCUUGGAGAAGGAAAGCCUCCAGCAAGAGCUAAGGGGUCUGAAAAUCAAGGUUGGGGAGAUAAACGACCAGUUGGGCAUGCUGAUGGAGACCAUCCAGGCCAAAGAUGAAGCCAUCAUCAAGCUGUCGCAGCAGAGCUCCGAGCUGAGCGGGACUCAAAAUGAUGGUUCACCGCCUCCCGGGAAAGAGCAGCAGGAACUGGACAUCCUCAAGGACAGUCUUCAAGGCUAUAAAAGCCAAAACAAGUUUCUAAACAAAGAGAUCCUGGAGCUGACAGUGUUGCGCAGAAAUGCUGAAAGUCGUGAGAAAGCAUUAGAAGCAAAGUACACAGCGUUGGAGGCCAAGCUGUGUCAGGUGGAGAGUAAGUAUCUGGUGCUGCUACAGGAGGUGAAGAACCCGGUGUGCUCGUCUUCAGAGCAGAGUCCUGCCCGGGAAGUCAUCUCCAGAUUGUUGGAGGAUGCUCUACAGUUGGAGAGCCCCGAACAGGAAGAGCACACUGUCUUUAGACCAAACACUGUCAGCGAGUAUGAUGUGUACGGCUUCAAGACGUUGCCCGAGGAGGAGGAAGACGAGGAGCGCCUGGUCGCCAAAGUGAGAGCCUUGGAGCUCAAGUGCCUCUCCAUGACGGAUCAGGAGGUGUCCGUCGGCGUCAAGUGGGAGAACUAUCUGGCCGGCACCAUGAACCGGAACUUGGUGCGUUCCCCCGAGCUCAAGGCGCUGAUCCGCUGCGGUAUUCCCCACGAGCAUCGCUCCCAGUUGUGGCGCUGGUGCGUCUCCGUCCACGUCAAGAAGUUCCGGGAUCACCUGGCGGCCGACUACUAUGAGACUUUACUCAAUGUGGCCCGUGACAAGCCCAACCCUGCGUUGAAGCAGAUUGAGCUGGAUUUACUGCGUACUUUGCCCAACAACAAGCACUACUCUUCUCCCAGUGCGAUCGGCAUCCAGAAGCUCAGGAAUGUUCUGGUGGCUUUCUCCUGGAGGAAUCCUGACAUCGGAUACUGCCAGGGACUAAACAGGCUGGCAGCUAUUGCCUUGCUCUAUCUGGACCAAGAAGAUGCCUUUUGGAGCCUCAUAGCCAUUGUGGAGGUGUUCAUGCCAAGAGAUUAUUACACCAAGACUCUGCUUGGCUCGCAGGUGGACCAGCGCGUGUUCAAGGACCUGAUGAGCGAGAAGCUGCCACGACUCCAUGCCCACUUUGAGCAGCACAAGGUAGACUUCUCCCUCAUCACCUUCAACUGGUUCCUGGUGGUGUUUGUGGACAGCGUGGUCAGCGACAUCCUCUUCAAGAUCUGGGACGCCUUCCUCUACGAAGGACCUAAGAUCAUGUUUCGCUUCGCUCUUGCUCUCUUCAAAUACAAAGAGGAGGAGUUCUUAAAGUUGCAGGAUUCCACCACCAUCUUCAAAUAUCUCAGAUAUUUCACUCGCACAAUCCUUGAUUCUAGGAAACUAAUGAACAUCGCGUUUGUGGACAUGAACCCAUUCCCGAUGAGGCAAAUCCAGAACCGGCGCGCUUUCCACCUGGAGAAGGUCCGCCUGGAGCUGACUGAGCUGGAGGCCAUCAGGCAGACCUUCCUCCGGGAGAGGGAGACGUCUCAGGACAGACGCAGCUUCCUCAGCGACGACGACGAGGAGAACUAAACUCUAGCUGGUCAGACUUGGCACGCAACAAGAAUGUUCUUUGAUACUGAGUUUGCUUUGUAUUGUAGCUGGACCAAUCAACUUGUGGACCAAAAUAUCACAGCCUAUCAGUAUUCCUGCCUUUUUUUCUUUUUCUUUUCUUUUCUUGUUUUGCGUUGCUUGUGUGUUUAUACAAUACAACUUGUCUGAGGCUUGCUGUCCAAAUCACUAUUUCUUCAAUUGUGGCUGUGACAUUUUAUAUGUACAGGUGAACCUCAAUUAAUAAAAAUAUUUUGGAAAGUUUUUAUUUUAGUAGUCCAAUUUAACAAGUGAAACUAGCGUAUUAUACAGAUUAACUGCACACAGUGACAUAUUUUAUAUUUAUAAUCCUGAUAAUCAAAGCUUUCAGCUAUCAAAACCCAAAUUUCACCAUCUCAAGAAACUAGAAAUAUAAAAAUGGUACUACAUAAAAUCAUUUUAAUAUAGAAAUGAUCCUACUUAAUUCUCAUUAAAAGUAAUUGUUUGUUUCUUAUGUAGUUUUUUAAAAUUACCUUUUGGGGCCAUCUACGAUUUUCACAUUUUUAAGUUAACUACUGAAAUAAAUGAACCUUUCUAUGAUAUAAGAUUUUUUUUUAGAUGCAUCUGUAUACAGCAAGUUUUUUUAUGUGUUUGUAUUUACACCAAAAUACCACUUAAUGGCUUAUUUUGUUGAAUACAAACAAGUGCUUCAAAAUUAUUCGUUUUUUUUUUUUUUUUUUAAAUAAACUUAAAAAAUUUGCUAAGUUACACAAAAUGUCUUAAUUUCACAACAAACACAUUUCCUCUUAGUUCCAUUGCUAGCUGGACAGAAGUUGUCGCUGCUGGGCUUGUUUGAGCUGCUGCUGCGUAUAUAUUUUGAUUCCACGUCACGCUGCUCCUCCGUAUAUAUUUUGAUUCCAUGUCCUCAAGGUGGCAGUGCAGCGUGUAUUCAGUCUUCCUGUGUUAUUCUAAGUUGUUAACUUUCCUACAGCUUCAGAUGAAAAUGUUGUUUUGUUAUGGAAGUCUUUGAGUGGCACUUUCUUUCUUUUAAGAUUAUUCCAUCCCACUCUUGGGACCAUGUUAAAGUCAUAUUUCAUCCCUCGCUAUUAUCUUUGAAAGAAACAAAUGUGGGUUUGGUCUUCUAUGAUGUACCAACACGUUUUUCCUCACUUGGCUGCUUCUGUUUGUGCUGAUGAAUUGUUGAAAUAGAAAAACCUUGUUUUUGUUUUUUUGUAUGGAAAAUGCUGUUAGAGUUCCUUGCUAUCUCUUAUUUCGCUGCAGUACAGUCCAAGCAGCCACCUUAAUGUGACAUCAUUGUUCUGGUUAGGAUUUUAUUAUUUGUUUUAAUGUAUGAGAGCAGGUCUCCCUUAACAGUUUGCAAGGAAGAUGUCACAUUGUGAGAUUUACUCAAAAUUUGAUACCCAACUUGACUUGUCUGCAUGUUCUUUUUUUGCCCAAACAUCGGCCACUUUAUUCUUCAAAUACAAUAAGCUACAUUCAAACAUGAUGUAAUUGUUUCAUUCUAUUGCUUUUUUGUUUUGUUUUUUUGCCAGCGUUGCACACAUCACAUUAUAGGGCACUUCGGUAUUACCUUUUCUAUCGUUACUGUGUUAAAGGUACGUCAUAGUUUGUCAUUCUGUUCGAAAGACAAGUUUAUCAAUAAAGUAAAUACAAAUAUGA